AUGCGUUCCACUACUCUCCUUACUCUAGCGCUGCCGCUCAUUGCGGCCUUCUCUCUGCACGAGGCGACGCCCAAACGGAACAAUGAGAAGCGUUGGAAGCCCUCACAGGGCGAACUGGACGGGACCAUCUGGAAUGAGCGCCCGGAAGCCGAGUCCGGAGCCAAAUGGAACGUCAAGUAUUGGAAUCCUCGCAAGGGCGUGAUGGACGGGACUGCGUGGGAUGGCCCGCCCGACGAGGUGGAUGGCUCCAAAUGGAGCAAAGCGUCCGGCAAUGAUCGCUCGAAGCGUCCUAUUCCUCAAAGCCCGAACCCUCCGGUUGUGUCUCCGUUGAAGGGCUCGGCUGGAGCGCGGCCGGUUGAGUCGCAGCCGGUCGAGCCGCAGCCCCCGACCGUCGAGGAUAGAUUCGGGGACUCGAAUGUAGACACCGGCCAUGACGGUGGCAACGUGUCGCCACCUUCCGGCUCGACUCGGCUUCCCGAACCAACGCCUGAACAAGAAGAUAGUGCCUCUGAGGACAAUUCGGUCGGCACCGGUGGCGAGUAUAUGGCCAUCGUCAACAAGUGGCGCAAGAAGAUGAGCCUAGAGGAACUCAAGCACGACCAGAAGCUCGAGAGCAACGCCCGCCGGACAAGCAGCCAGAGCGGCGGUCAGCUGACGCACUAUCUCUUCCCCGGGUCUAUAGGGCAGGUCAUGGCACCUGGCAAAGAGAACGACUUUGAGCGCGUCUUCGUCGGCGGCUGGUUGUGCGAGCUGCCAAACCUGUCAGGUCUCGGCAGCAUCUGCAAAUCGAUGAGCAAGGGGUGGAUGUACAACACCGUGAGCCAUGCCGAGCUCCUCACCUCGACCAAGCACUCUAAGAUUGGGUGCGGCUUCGAGCACGGCAUCUGGACCUGCGACUUGGCCUGA